AUGAUUGAUUUAGUUUAUUGUUUAUUUAGGUUGUUCUCAGCUUUCCAGCUCUGGAUACAAAACUGUGGUGGUGCAUUCUCUGGGCCUGAAGGUGGGGUGACGUCCCCUGGAUAUCCGAACCCAUACCAACAUACCAUCCAGUGUGUAUGGGUCAUCACGGUGGCACGGGGCAGCUCCGUCCAGUUGUCAUUCACUGACCUGGACCUUGAGGCCUCAAGUUCUUGUAGCCAUGACUAUCUAACGAUCAGAGACGGCUCAGAUCAGAGGGCACCCACACUAGGCACGUUUUGUAACACCGGCGUCCCAGCUGAUAUUCGCAGCUCUAGCAAUGUAAUUGGCCUUGAAUUUCACACAGAUGAGCUGAAUUCUGGUCGAGGGUUCAAAGCCAAUUGGACCACAGUAUUUAGUGAUGAUUUCAACAUAAUAAUAAUUGUGUCAUUUUUUUAUUGCCUGAUACCAAAUUUUGUGUUGCCUACAGGUCCCGAAGGAUGUGGUGGAGUGUACAACAACAACUCUGGGAUCAUCACUAGCCCAGUUGAUCCCACUGAGUAUCCUCAUGGGGUCAACUCCGAGUAA